CUGUCUAGCAAAUCUCUGAAUUAUACAAUGCAUUUAUAAAUACAAAAAAUGAUUUAUCGAACUAUAACUAAAAUAAUCAAGGCUUUCUUUGGGAGUAUUCUUCUGCUGGUUCUUACACCAUGGACUAAUUCCCAGACUAUCUGCAGUUUGAAAGAUAAAAAUCUAGAAAAAUGCCUGGUGAAUUCUGUUCAAGGUGUUAUUCCAGUCCUUGUAAAAGGUUUACCAAAAUAUGGAGUAUUUCCUCUAGAUCCUCUUCAUAUAGACAUUUUAGACUUGUCUGAUGCCCCAGGGAAAACGUUGAAUGUAAAACAUAAGUUUAAAAAUGUUGACCUCUUUGGUCUACAAUCUACCAAUGUGAGAAAAGUCAGUGUUAAUAAGAAGAAAACGGAAAUUAGAGUAGAUGCAAUUAUGAAGGAACCAAUAACUCUUACUGGUUUUUAUGAAUCAGAAGGAAAAUUAUUGUCAUUCCCAAUUAAGGGAGAUGGAAGAUUCAACAUCACUCUAGUGAAUCUUAAAGCUGCACUGACUAUGAGUGGUCAUGAAAUUAAAAAGAAUAAUAAAAUCUAUAUUCAUAUGGAUACUGUUCGAUUUCCAUUUACUGUCGAUAGGCUACUGUUAAACUUUGAAAAUUUACUCAAAGGAAACAAGGAGAUUAGUGAAAGUUUAAACAAUAUUUUAAAUGAAAAUUGGGAACCUAUUCUGGAUGAUAUGAGGGAUUCCUUCGAAAGUGCAAUUGGAGCUGCAUUUAAAGAAAUUGCAAACAGGGUAUUUUCAAAAGUUCCAGUUUCUGAUCUUAUCAAAGAUUAUUAACCAAAUAGAUAACAAAUAAAAAUAUUUAUUACAUAC